GAUACAAGUUAAUGAGGUACGGCAGCCAGGUGAGCGCCUGAGAAGUAUAUAAGGAAGACAAAGGGGACAGAAAAAAAGUCAAUAGCAUGUCUUUUUCUAAACCACAGCAGGUGCUAGCCCAUGAACUAAGCUGCCCCAUCUGCCUUCAGCUUUUCUCUAAUCCGGUGGUUCUCCCCUGCGGUCACAACUACUGCCUGGCUUGCAUCCGCCAGGUCUCUGAUACAGCAGGGGGGACUGACGGAACCCUUCCACGCUGCCCCGAGUGUCGCGAGGAGUACGGGGGCAUGGAAGCCCUGCAGAAGAACUUCAAACUCUGCAGUAUUAUCGAGGGCUACAAAGCCAGUGCACCUCCAUUAGACGGCCACCCACAGAUGGGGAAGAGCGUGGAGGUUGCCUGUGACCAGUGCAUAGAAGGACACACGCCGGCUGUGAAGACCUGUCUGAGGUGCGAGGUGUCCCUGUGUGCCAGGCAUCUUCAGAGGCAUAACGAGAGGGAAUCCUUCAGGUCCCAUUCCAUCAUUGAGCCCCAGAGAGAGCUGGGGUUAAGGGGUUGUACCACCCACGGACGGCCCCUGGAGUAUUUUUGUUCCAGCGACAUGACCUUGCUGUGCGCCACGUGCUUCAUCGAGGGGUUUCACCAGAAGCACGAUGUUCUCACGUUUGAUGUCGCUGAAGAGGAGAUGAGACGAGCGCUGGAGAGCCGCUGCAAGGUGGUGUCACGCAGACUGCAGCUGACGGAGAACCUCCUGCAGAAGGCAGCAGAAGAGAAAGGAGCCUCUGAAGCCGUAGGAGACAGACUGGUCAACAAGGCCGUGACAGUGAUGGACAGCAUGGCUACGCUGGUGGACAAGUACAAGGGGCGACUCAGUGUGCUGCUGGGGGAUGAGAAAGCUCAGCGGCGGCAGAGCUGGCAGAAUGGCCUAACGGCUCUGGAGGAACAGCAUCAACGGCUAAUGGAGGCCCAGCAGAGUGUCUCACAAACCCUCACCGAGACAGACAAGCACAUAUUUAUACACAGGUUCCUGCUCAUUGAACCCCAACUGAGGGACAUCAUCACAGGCGCCAUUCAUUCUAAGAUACCCUCGAAGUCCCCUCUCAACACCAAGCAGCUUCAGGUGGGCCUCCGGACGCAGGACUUCCGCUACGAAAUGACCCGUCUCCUUGAGACCCUGCAUAUCCUCCUCAACCCCCUGGAGCUCACGUUCAGCCUCUGUACCGUCCACCCCAGCUUGACGCUUUCCAAUGACCUGCGCACCGUCAAGUACAGCCCCUCCAAACAGUCUUACGGGGAGCACCCGGAGCGUUUUACGAGCGCGCCCCAGGUCCUGUGCAGCCAGGGCUUCUCAACAGGGGAGCACGUAUGGGUGGUAGAAGUAGGGGAGCAAAGCAUGUGGUCCCUGGGGCUGUGCUACAAGAGCAUCCCGCGCCGCGGUGACCACAGCCGACUGGGCCACAACACCGUCUCCUGGCGACUGCAGUGGAAGAACAAGAAGCUGACCGCCUGCCACGCCUCCUCCAACGUAGCACUGGGGAACACCACCAAUCAGCCGGUGAAAGUCGAGUUGGCACUGGAUUAUGAGGGUGGGACGUUGAUGUUUCACAGUACCAAAGGUCACAGGGAGCACCUCCACACUUUCAGGGCCGUGUUCAGAGAGCCGGUGUACCCGGCGUUCAGCAUCCACUCAACCACUCCAGAGUCAUGGAUCACAUUGCAGAGUGAUGUGUAA